AUGGCUUACAUGAAAUACGAUUUGAAGCAAAAUCCUUUGGAUGAGUUGAAAGCCUUCAAGUCGGCUGUUGAGAUGGUUAAGGCUCAACCAGAAUGGAGAAGUCGCAAGCUUAUUGAACAUCAAAGAUGGAAUCCAUACUCGAUGGAAGGAGGAUCUACCUGUGCUCUAGCUGGAGAAGAUUUCGUUAUUGUGGCCAGUGAUACCAGAAUGUCUCAACAGGAUAUCAAUAUCAUCACAAGAGAUGCUGAAAAGAUUCAUAUUUUGAAUGACUCCAUCAUUCUUACCACUUCUGGAUUCUAUGGUGAUGUUCUCCAAUUGAAACGUGUUCUUCAGAGCCGUCUACAUAAGUUCCGCUUCGAUUAUCGUGCCGACAUGACUGUUGACUUGGGUUCUGAACUUCUUUCCAGAAAUCUUUAUUAUAAGAGAUUCUUCCCUUACUAUACUGGAGCUAUUUUAGCUGGAAUCGAUGAGAAAGGAAGAGGAGCUGUGUUCAGUUACGACCCUAUCGGAUGUGUUGAAAGAUUAGCUUACUCUGCUAGUGGAGCAGCCGAACCAAUGAUCAUUCCUUUCUUAGAUUGCCAGGUUGGGCAAGUUACUUUGUCUGAUGAUGCUGAGAAGCUUGAUUUAACACUUCCAAGAGCUAUCUCUCUGGUCAAGGAUGCUUUCCGUACUGCUGCUGAACGUGAGAUUUCUACUGGAGACAAGAUCCACCUUGUCAUUGCUCAAGCUGGCAAACAAGUUCAACAACAAUUCCUUUCUCUCCGUGAAGACUAA